AUGUCGAAUUCUGAAUUUCAUGAUAAACGAAAAUUGUUCGAAAAUUCCAAAACGCUUAUUAGAUGGGCGCGUCCAUCUGGUGAAGACGUUAAAAUAGGAGAUAUACCAAAACCCAGGCGCUCAUCGACAUUACCAGAAGAGACACCGCCACCAAUACCACCACAUAACCAUCACUUAAACUCAAAGAACGAUAACAUAACACAACAGAAUCCUUCAGCAAAAAAGAUACCUGUUCACGGAGAGAAACCUAGUAAAUCAGAAAGACAUGACAGCGUUGGUCAGAUAGAUACUACAUUGUCAGCAACUUUACCCAAUGAAUGUCUGUUUCAUAAAUUAAAAGAAAUUGAAAACAAUUAUGUUCGUAUACAGCCCGAUCGUAUCAUCAUACCAAGACAAAAACCAUCUAAACCUCCGAUAUCCGAAGAUGAAAUUAAUAUCCUUCACACGUAUUUGAAUCAGAUUAGCACUACGUGA